AUGGACACGCUGCCGGACUCAGGCUCGUGCAUGCGUCGCAUACGCAAUAUCGACUUCUGUAGUCAGGAACUCGAGACUCUGCUACCAAACCGUGUACACAAAAUCAGCGGGACCACCCUCGAUGCUUUUGCUGCGGUAGCUCAAGAAGUUGCCGACGCGUCUUCCAAGGGACGCAACUUUGCUUUCUUCUCGUCAUGGAUCCCGGCGAUCGUGAGCGGGCGCGAACGCGAUGGCGGGCAUGCCGGUUCCAUAGAGGAACACCUCCUCGCUGCUUGCAAAGAUCAAGACCGCGCGGAUGCACGCAGUAGACCGCGAUGGGCAAUUCCACUCUGCGGCGGGGACCCUGCACAUUGGGUCCUCGGCUGGGUGGACUACAGCUCCAAGGAAUGUGGCGUUGUCGACAGCAUUCCCGAGCUAGAAUCGGCCUCUGAAUGGGCGAAGCCACUUCUGCAUGCAAGUAUUGAUCGCCUACGCGAAUCGCUUGGGAUGCCAAACAUGGACUGGUCAACCAUGUCAAUGAGUGUGCGCUCUCCGGCGCCGCACGAGCAACAGAUGGACAGCUGGUCUUGCGGGCUUUUCGUGAUGAUUGCCAUGCAGACAUUUGCUGACAACUGGGAGCACCCACUUCUGGGGGAUAGCGCGAAGGAGGCAGUCCGGGCGGGCGCCUUACGCGCGCUGCUGAACGUUCCCCCGCGACCGUCUCGCAUACGACCGCCUCACGCAAAGAUACCUCAGGCUGAGGCUGAGGCGAUGGCGGUUGACGAGACGAAGUUGCCGGAAGUCGUAGCUAGGCCGAUUGGUUCAGCUGCCAGUGCUCAAGCAUUGCGGGGCAGCAACUCGGCAGGAUCCUUGUCAGACAACUCAGCGCGCGACGCGGGCAGCACGAGCGGCAAGAAGCGUGCACUGACCGAGGUGGUGUCCGACGAAGAGGAUGCUGCGCCGCCGGCAGCCAAGUUCCAGAAGGUAUCGACGGAGCCUGAGGCGCAAGGAUCACAUCGUCGGGCACGGAAGACGGCUGCCCAGAGACAACUCGUACUCACCAAGGACCCCUGGACCCGUGAAGUCGAGGCACAUCGAGUGCAAUGCACGGGGUGUCGCCAAUGGGUUGUCCUGAACAAGAAACGCCAGUUUGACGGGGCCAACUGGGAGAGCCAUAAGAAGCAUUGUAGUCACAUCACCGGGAUGAAGACCGUACGUCAUGCGGAGAUAGAGGGGGGUAAGGUUACCUGGAAUAAAAGGACGGUCGCGGCGACUCCAUCUAUAGCACGUAUCUUUCAGACCAUCCCAGGUCCUCAUUACCCGGCUGCGGGCGUGGAUCCAAAAGGCGAUACUCGGAAGCCUCGUGUGAAGACUCCAGAGCCUCAACCAGCGCCAUGCCAGCAUCUCCGUGACGGCGUGUACACGGAGUACGUCCUUCGGACACAGACACGCUCCCUUGGCGGUAUAUCUCCGAGUUGGCGAGGUCGUAUUGCACGGCAGCUGUUCAGGUACAAGCCAUUCCCUCCCCUGCGUAGUGAACAGGGCCCGGAAGCGGCCUCGGGAUCCACAGCUCCCCGUCCCAGUGUGCCAUCGGAUGGGAAUGCCGAAUGCGAGGAGAAAAAGUGGACACUGAGGGAGCAGCUGGACUUGGAUCAUGCUCUUGGAGGUUGGGCGCGUUGGACUGUGGACUACGGCCGGCAGCUUGUGAAGUCGACCCGAUGCGAAGGCACAACGAUGAACGAGAGCGGUGUCUGCGAUGCGUGCCAGACGCUGGGUGAGAAGGAUGCGGGUUUGAAAAGAUCUAUCACGCGGAAGAACAAGGAGUCGGAACUACCUGAAGAGGAGCAACGCCAUAUGAGUGUGCAGAGAGACAAGUACGCGCCCCUUACCGUAUUCAAGUCGACUGAGGCGCGCGACUUGCGGCUCAAGAUGGCAGAUCCCGUGAUCUUUCCGCUGGUGCAGCUGCUCGAACGCGGCGACGUUGCGGGUGCCUUACUCUCCCUCUACCAGCGAGCCAAGGAAGGUGGUCUGGCGAAAUACCAAUCCUUCAUCGAUAUCUGCGCCGUCUUGGAUGAACAACUAGCCCGUGCAGAGAGUGAUAGCCCCGGCGCCAAGAAGGGCAUCCGAUACACUCAAGACUACCUGAACUUCAUGACGAUGAUGCGUUCGUAUGGGCAGCAAUCGGGUCAGCAAUAUAGUAUAUUGACAUCUCAGAUUGGCGGGCCAUCCCCGCGUACCCUUCAGAAAGUCAUCAAGCGCUCUCCAGAUGUCCUCACCAAACCAGAUCUUGACUUUGAGAAUGUCGCGCGCGUCAAGCGCCUUAUGGACAUUCUGAAGUAUAACGGCCCCGUUGCCGUGGCGGGCGACUGCACCAAAGUACGCCAGCGCCUCACAUACUCGAACGAUCACGGCAGCCAUGUUCUCGGCUCUACACUGCCGUUUGAACAGUGCGCCGUUGCCGACACUGAAGAGAUCUCACGUCUGGUCAAGCGGAUUGGAGAGGAGAAGCAAUAUGCUUCUCAAGUGCGCGCCAUUCUGAUCAAGAUCCCUUUGCCCCAUAUCCCACCCAUGGUGAUAGCCCUCCGCCCAACGAAGGGAAACGACGAUGCAAUGGGCAUCCAUGCGCUGCACCUCCAGCUUCUCGAGAUGGCCCGCCAGCUAGGCAUCAAGGUUGUCUCGCUCUCCGCUGAUGGCGCAUCCUCCGAGCAGGGCGCACAAAGUCUGAUGGACCAUAGCCAAACAACACAUGCGCCUAUUGCGUACGAGUACAAGCACUACGGAAUCGAGCUCCGCGCACCUGUUCUAGCGACUGGGCCAUUGAUCUCAUGCCAGGACCCCCAGCACGCCCGCAAGACCAGCCGAAAUCAGCCUCAGCAUGGUACACAUACAGCCAGCCUCGGGCGUGGUGUAAUGGUCAAUCGUACCCUGGUAUCUUUGCAAGAGACCGGUACCUCAGGUCUGGUGCGUCGCGAUAUCGAGAACGUGGACAAGCAAGACGACGGCGCCGCGCGCCGCCUCUUCCACCCCACAGCGCUUCAGGCUAUGACGAAAACGGACGAGAAGGGCACGUUAUGCGUGCACGACGAGUUCCGGGGACUUUUUGUUUAUUUAUUCAUACUUGGAGAGCUUUUCGAUGCCUGGCUCAACCGUCGACUGGCUGCUCACGAGCGCGUGCUUGCUGCUCUGCGUGCUCGUCUCUUCCUCAACAUAUGGCAUCACCACAUCAAGUCCAUGGAGCGUCGCUUUCCCGAUCUAUACAAGCCCCAUCGCGCGUUCAUCUCUCCUGCAAGCUUCAACAUCUUCAAUCGACUCUGUGAUACCCUCAUCCUACUCAUCCUCGCGUACGACCGCUUCUACCCGGAUCAGCCAUUCUGCCCCUGGCUCCUCGGCACUGAGUUCGUCGAACACUUCUUCGGCCUCGCUCGAACCUUGCUCCCGAACUUCACCUAUGCGGAGCUCUUGAAGCUAGUCAAGCAUGUGAUGCUUCGGCAAACGAUCCUGCUCUCUGGGAAGGUCAGUGCAAAGAAGGAGCGCACUUCGCGCGUUGGAUAUGCACUCGACUACGACCCUAGUCCGCUGACACCUGAAGAGCUCAAGAACGCACGAGUCCGCAUGCCAAAGGCCGUGCUCGACAAGCUGGUCGAGCUCGCAUAUAAGGAGGCUGCCCAGAUUGCCAAACAACUCCUUCGCAUGCCGGUCCCCGUCCUUCCCCUCAAGCACAUCCCCCUCCGAGCCCCCAACCCCAGCUCCAGACGCCGCGCACCCAAAAACACUGUCCAGGAAGACGAGGAGGAUACAGCAGACGAAGAGGACUUAGCAGACGGCGACUCAGACUCCCUAGCAGACGACGCAGAACUUGGGGAAGAUUCGGAUGAAUCAGAUGACGAGGAUGGCUCGGGCGAGGACGCUGCAUCUGGUCCCAUUGCUUGUAUCGCCGUGACUGGUAGCACCGCCGCACCUCUCGCGCAGGCGGCCGACACGUCCUCGGGUCUCGGAGAUUCCGGUCUUGCUGCACUUGCUGAACAAACCGCAGAUGCUGCCGGAUACACUGCGCGCUAUGCAGCGCUCUCGGAGGACUUCGACGCGGCGAUACAGGAGGUAUCUGCAGCAUCGGAUCCGACCCUAUCAACGCUGUGUGAGGCGACUUCCCCUCUCCCCAUCGUGACUGCAGUGCCGAAGCCGUUCAUAGGACCACUCCCUCCUCCCAUUCCUCCCUCGCCCUCAACGCCCUCUGAGUUGAUGGAUGCGCUCUCUCCCAAGUUAGGGAGCCGGAUUCUCGACGACAACAACAAGGUUGUGGUGCAAUCCAUGCUAGACAUACGCGUCAAAAACCAGUCGAGCACGCGGACUCGAUCGGAGCGGGUCGUCAUGCUCGACCCAAAGUUCGCGCUCAGCCGCUUGAGCAAGCCCAAUGAGAAGAUGUCCAUGCGGGAGGGUUCGCAUCAUGUCCGCGUCUUGCAGGACCUAGCGUCGUCCGCUGUAAAGCCCGUCAAAACAGCGCGCGAACAGCGUUGGAAUGAGACUGCGCGGCAAGUGCAAUUGAUCCUUCGGGAAGAAGACCUUCCGAACCUUCAUAGCAAGAACGUUACGAGUAUCAAUCCGCUUCGCCCGGGAGCACUGUUGAUCAUGAAGAAUGAGGCUCGUACAUACCUUGGUGAAGUACUCGAUAUCUAUAAGAAAUCAAACCGCCGCCAUGGAUCCCUCGACAUGGCAUCAAGUACAUCUGGCCUUUCUUACCUGUCCCUUCGCGUGUAUCUUCAACAUCUGCCAGCGGAGUUGGCACUGCACUCCACGCCGAACGACGACGAAGACGCUGAACUGCCAUCGGACGAUGAAGAUGAAGACUUUGAAAAUUCGAUACCGCCGUUCUCGUGUCGCAGCGGAACCGUGGAUAUCCAUACCCAUGCGCCCGCCGAUCACCUACUCUACAACCUCGGGACACUAGCUAGCUCUGGUCCCCCCCAUCUACUAACACUCAAGCCGUUCGCGGUGGCUCGCUGGCGUGCAUUGACACAAAAGAAGGUGCAGGAGAAGCUGAUUAUCAGGAUUCCAGCGAAGGUGAAUAUGGCGGCGGCGGCGGCGGCGGCAGCAGCGACGAGUCCUAGUAUAUAA